CGCCCCAUCGGCCAAAAUGGCGGCGGCCGUUGGCGCGGAGACCCGCUUGUAGUUUCAUUGCUUUACUCCUCCCGUUACAAAAUGUGAAAGGAGGAGCGGCUGGCGGAGGGGGGUUAUAGGCAAUGAGUCGGCGAAGGAAACAUGGGGACAGCCCUGGCCUGAAGGGCACGCCGCCCAAAGCGGCGGCGGCUGAGGAAUGCAGCUCGGUGGUCGAGCCAGGGAAGAGGCGGCUGAGGUCGGCCCGCGGCUCAGGGCUCUGCAGGGCCGGAGAGAGAUCUCCCCGGCCCGUGCCACAACAAGAGCAGCCUCCAGCAGCCGCUUCGUGCAGUAAAAGUAACCCCGAGGAAAGGUAUGAAACACCAAAGAGAGUGCUGAAAAUGGAUUUAUUGUCAUCUACCUUCAGUUCUCCUAAUGAUCCAGAUGGACAGAAUGAUAUCUUUUGGGAUCAGAAUUCUCCAAUGACAAAACAGUUAGGUAAAGGAAGAAGAAAACAGAUUUACACUACUGAUAGUGAUGAAAUCUCACAUAUUGUUAAUCGUAUUGCUCCUCAGGAUGAAAAACCAACAACAAACUCCAUGCUAGGCAUGUGGAUUGGUGCUUCUGCUAUUCCUUGUACUCCUAGUGUAGCAAAAGGCAAAUCAAGAGCAAAAAUCAGCUGCACAAAGUUGAAAACACAAAAUCAAGAGGAAGAACUUAUGAAAUUGGCUAAGCAAUUUGAUAAAAAUAUGGAAGAGCUAGAUGUGAUUCAAGAGCAAAAGAAGAGAAAUCAUGAUUUUAUCCAGACAAUUUCAGAAGCAGAGACUUUAAGUAAUUAUAAAGAUAAUGUACAGAUGCAGUUAUUACAUGAUAUAGUUCCAGAAAUAGAUAAUGCUAUAAUGAAGAACCCAAUGGAAGAAAACACCAAAAUGUCUGUGAUAAAUGAUCAAAAUAGCAGUCAGAAGCCAUUUGACCAAAAUGCUGAAGCAGCCUUUAAUGCCAUUUUUGAUGGCUCUACUCAGAAAUGUAGUGGACAGUUCAGCCAAGAUCUGUCAGAUGCUUUUUUGAACACAAGUAAUACUACCUUUGGAAAGAAAAGCGCUUUGAAAAAGGAGAAAAUCAUUACUAAUGAAACUCUGGUCACUGAAAAACUGCCAGAUAAAACCCCAGGAUCACUUUCUUGUCAAGUAGAUACUCUUGGAAUGACAAAUCCAUGUGUGACUUCUUACACUGAGAAGCCAGAAGCUUUUAAUAAACACCUUGAUGCAUUUCCUACCAGUGAUUUUGAGGAUGAUUGGGAAAACUUACUAAAUAAUGAACCUUUUGUUAUGCAAAAUGUCAAAAUGUAUGAACUUUCCCCAGCUCCUAAAACAGCCCAGAUUGCUGAUCAAAAGAGUAUUUGUAACUUUAACAAUAAGUGUGAUAAACAUAAGUCAAGAAUGAAUACAAGCCUAGGUGCCAGGUUAAGGGAUUCAAAAAUUGUACAAGAUCUCCCUUCAAAGACACAUAACAAGGAAUUAAUAGAUUCUGGAAAAUAUCGUUUUUCACUAAAUCCAAAUGAUGAACCAAACAAGUUGCCAUCCAGUGGAUAUAUAAUGAAACUUGAGAAAUCUUUCAAUAAAAUUGUUCAAGACUGUUCAGUUGCAUCUAAUCUGACAAAAGUAAAAGAAGAUAUGCAUACUAAAUUUACUUCUAAUGUAAAUACUUUUGAAAAGUCUACUUUGAACACAGGAUAUUCUAAUGAACAAGAAAAUAAGUCCAUUUUUAAUCAGUCUUUUAAAGCACCUGCUAAUAUAAAUCCUUUUGGCUCUGCAACUUUGGGCAAUGAAACCAGUGUUUGUAAUACAAAUCAGACUAAUGCAUCCAAGUUAGGUUCUUUCUUUGAUGACUGGAAUGAUCCAUCAUUUGCCAAUGAAAUUGUUAAAGCAUGCCAUCAAUUAGAGAAUACCUGGGAAGCAGAUGAUGUAGAUGAUGAUUUAUUAUACCAAGCAUGUGAUGAUAUUGAAAGACUAACUCAGCAACAAGACAUUAGAAAGGGCAGCAAGAUACCAGAAAGUACACUUGAGAUCAAUAAUAAUUCCAAACAUGGAGCCAAAAACAUAUUUACUACAUCUAAACAAGAAAGUCAGUUGGUGCAAUCAAAACAUUUGAAUCUCAGCAGCAUUUCAGGGCACACAUCUUUCACAAAUAGCUCACAAUUAAAUAAACCAGUGAAGAUGGAUAAAAGGGAAAUCUGUGGAAAUUCUCCAAGUUUUUUAGGUGCUACAACAAAUUUGACAAUAUACUCCAAGAACUCAAAUUGUCAUAUCAAUAAUCUGCAUUUCUCCUGGAAUAACACUGAUGUUCCAAUACAAGUGAAAAGUCCACAGUCAGUUCUUACGGGAAGUUCAAGUUUGAAUGUGAGUUCAGAUUAUAGGAAUACAGAAACUGCUACUUAUAAGAAGAAAUUAAGUAAUCAGCAUCUGUCCCAUAGGAGCACAAGAGAUGCAGAUCAGAGUGGCCUUAACAGAACGGUUAGAUUUCCUAAGUAUACAUUUACAAAGAUGAAAAAUUCUCAAAUUCUUUCCCAGUUUAAUCAGAAUUGUCUACCAGGAAGUAUUUCUGAUACCAAAAUUACACAGGGUUUGGAGAAAAAUAAAACUCCUGUCCACUCAUUUUGUGGGAGGGCUAUUCAACAACAGUGUUUGGUGAAACGUUCUGAAUCUUUGAAACAACCUUCAAAAGAGGAAGAAGAGAAAAAUAAAAAAUAUUCUCCUGAAGAAAUUCAAAGAAAAAGACAAGAAGCACUGGUUCGAAGAAUGGCCAAAGCACAGGCAUCAUCUGCAAAGGCAGCUCCCACUUAACUUGAUUUCUUUUAUGAAAUAUUAUUUGGAAGACUUAACAAAGACAGUUAAUAACUAUCUAUGAUAGGGAAUAUUCUUUCUUGAUUUCUCUGUGAGAAAUUUAAUGCUGAGUUAUAAAGCAUGGACUUCUAUUUUAUUUAAUAAAUCAGUGUUUGCAGUGGUUAAUGAAACCUUUCCUUGAAGAGGUAUGUGAAAGUAAUUGCAUAUACGUUUUAGAAAUUCAGGAAAGUUAGUAAUUAUGGUAUAAAAUUAUACAGAAUAAAGGAGUUAUUUUUUCAAAUAUUGUGGAUCAUCCAAAAAUAGGUAAUUUGCUCAUUUUUUUAUUGUAAUAACUUCCUAAUACAAAGCUUCAUCUUACUAAGAAAUGAGACUUUAAAAAAAUUUUUUUUAAUGUUUAUUUUUGAGAGACAGAGUGCGAGCAGGAGAGGGGCAGAGAGAGAGGGAGAUACAGUCUGAAGCAAGCUCCAGGCUCUGAGCUGUCAGCACAGAGCCUACUGUGGGGCUUGAACUCCCAAAUUGCAAGAUCAUUACCUGAGCCAAAGUCGAAUAUUUAACCAACUGAGCCACCUAGGCUCUCGAGACUUUUUUUUUUUUAGUUUUACUUUCAGAAACUGUUUCUUAAAGGUUUUAUAGAUUUCUGAAUCUUAAAAAUACUUCCAUUUUCUUAGAAACGUGGUUGGUGGUAAAUAAAGGACUUCGAUUUAUUUGUAAGGAAAUUGCUAUUUUCAAUUCCUAGUCUGAAAUAGAUUGUAAUUUUAAUUUUCUAAAACAUGAUGCAUUUUGGAAAGCUUUCACUAAUUUUAGGGAAAAUGCUGAUUUAAGAAGUUUAGAAAAAAAGAAAGUAGACUGGCUAAGUUAUAUAGCAAUAUUAACAUUUAGAAUUGUCAGAAACUUUAGAUGUCAUCUGGUCCAGCUUCUUUAUUGUAUGGGUGAGAAAUGGAUACUGUUCUGAAAGUCACAAGGCAAGUUAAAGCUGUUCUGUGAUUAGAAUGAUUGCUAUCAUUCUAAUGAACACCUAGACAAUUAUGCCAAUUUCUACAGAGUAUUAAUCAGUAUUUAAAAUAACUUGUUUGUAGGAGCAUUAAUUAUUUCAUAGUAUAAAACUAAAAAAAUAGUAACAAAAAGUACAUUAAGGUCUGUUUAAUAAUCUCAUUGUUUCUUGUAUUAAAGAAUUUUAUCAUUCCAUGAUAUAAAAAUGAGAAUCUUUCUCUUUUCAGUUUUCCUACAACUAUUAAAUUUGCCUUUGAUUAAA